AUGCAGUUCACAGAAGUACUUCCCACUUGCCAUUCGCCACUUCGCUCUGCAUCCCCUUCAUCGCCUACAAUGUCACAGUCAUCGUGGUCGGUCCUCGACGAUGUGACCGACACUGAUAGUUCUGAAGAUGAUGCCUCAGCUCCUGCCGCUUCGGAUUCGGUAAUUUUGCAACAAACGCCACCCCUUACUUCUCUUGAUGUUCCAGAUGCACUCAGCAUCUGUCGGUCUCGCAUUGCGGACUUGGAGAAGCAAGUCAACAUACUCAAGGGUCAAGUAUCCGAAUAUGCGUUUACAAGCCAGAACCAAUCUGAAGAAAUCACAGAAGUCAGAAGUAAGUUGAAUAAUCUGGAAGAAGAGAAGAGAUAUUCAAGCGUGGAACUUGAUCCCCAGACCAAAUCUCAGGAAGACGCUAUCAUGUAUCUCGAACAUCAACUUGCCGAAGAAAAGAUUAAGACCCUUGGCAAUAGAUUGGACCAAAUAGAUAAGAAGAUAUGUCAAGAGCUGGACAUGUCACCGAAUGAGCUCAAAUUAGUGGAGAUGACAGAAGAGAUCAAAUCCCUAACAGCGGAACAAGAUCAACUUGUCAGCGGGAUGGAAAAUCGAUAUCAGAGUAUGAGCGAUAAACUGUCUAAACAGGUCUCACUUAAUUCCGACUUGAAAUAUAUCAAUGAGAAUCUCAAUACUACCAUUGACUUUUUGAAGAAAGAGAUCGAGAGAUUAGGUGGAAACUCAACAAAUUUGGAAAAAUUCAAUUCUACUAUUGAUGUACUCAAGAAAGAAAACCAUAAGUUGCUGAAACAGAAUCAGGAGUAUGUCAAAGAAGAAAGGAAGAAAGAGAUCGAGUACCAAAACCACACUGAAAUGUUGAGAACAGAAAACGAAGAUCUGAAAAAGAAGAAUCAAAAGCUUAGUAAAGUAUUCGAGAAGAGUAAGGGCGAAUUGGAAGAUGAAUACGAGGAAUUGGAAAAGUCCAGGAAUGAUGUAGUCCGACUGGAACCCUUAGCCGGAGAGCUCGAGAACGCUGGUAAAGAGGCCUAA